AUGGAAAACAUGAUAGAACUCCCUUCUGAUUUAAUAAUGAUGGGAGGAAAAUUAUUAGACCUUAUCGACUUCAUCAAUCCAAACUUCGCUGAAAAUUCAGAAAAUAAAGAUUAUUUCACAGGUAGAGCUAUUUUAACACCAACAAAUAAUGAUAUUGAUAAGAUCUCUGACAUAAUGAUAAAUCAGUCUUCUGGCGAAGUUAAAGUGUACCCCAGUGCUAACUCUGUAAAUUUAACUAAUAACAGAAAUGUAGAACAAUCUCAGUUAUACCCUCCUAAAUUUUUAAGAUCUUUAAAUAUUUUCGGUAUUCCUCUUGGUGAAUUGAAAUUAAAAAUUGGAAUUUCAGUUAUGCUUUUAUGA